AUGCUCGCACUUAAGCGCCUUGUGAAAAGUCCCACAUAUCCUAUUUAUAAACGCCUGCAGGAUUCAGAAUCGUAUCUCACAAACGCCCCAGGUAACCAUGCCGAUUGCGAUGCGGGCUUUCCUUUGGAACAAGCAUCAGUGAACAAAAAGCGUUUCUUUAAUCUCGGUAAAGUUGCCUUAUCUGCCAGUCCACCGGAUAACGUUGUUUUCGUAGGUGGUUAUCCGUGCAUUGUGACAGGGGUGGAACAUCCCGAAAAGGCCGACUGCAUAAUUAAGUAUAUUUCAUUUCUUUCCCCCGCUUACAGUCUUGUGAAGUUACAUGAACAAGGCCUAUGGCAGUGUGCAGUCCUCAGUUCUUCAUGGAUUGAGGGCCGUUCGCCUUCAUAUGCAGCCGCCAGCUGGAUCAAUGAAGCUGAAUUGCUAAGUCAUUCGGACUUACGGUGUCGUGUAGACCGCAUUAACUUUUCAGAUGGUUCCAAAAAAGCCCACGAACAUGAGAGAAAGUUCCAGCACACAUCGAACCUGGAGACUUCGGAUGUAACCAUUGAGAUGGGUCGUAACCAUCCUCGUCGAAAGUAA